AUGGUCGCUAAUGCAUUUUCAGACAAUGCUGCAACAUUGCACACCACACAGGACCUCGUGGCCAUGGAGAAGAUUGAAGACGAGGCACGUAAAGAACGUGAAGCUCUUUCUGUUACUAAUGCGAUAAAUGCCGAGCCUGUGGAAGCGACAGGAGAGAAGAUUGCAAAGCUGGACUCGCUACUGGAGAAGGCGAGUCUAUACUCGAGUUUUUUGUUUUCCAAUAUGGAAAGCGCUGCUACAGUCAGUGAGAUUGUGCAAGUUGAUGCAGAAGAAGAAGAAGCUAAAAACUCUAAAGGGAAACGCAAACGGGGUAAAAAGGCGUUGAACGAGUCUAAUAAAAAGUCCAAGAAAGGUGUCGACAAGUUGCGUGAAGUACAAGAAGAUGUUACUUUGAUUACGCAUGAAGAGCCAAAAAAGGUGCAAUUCAAUCAACCCAAGUUCCUGACCGGCGGCACGCUGCGUGACUAUCAAUUGGAAGGCAUUCGAUGGCUUUGCAACUUGUUUGAAAACGGUCUGAAUGGCAUUCUUGCCGAUGAAAUGGGUUUAGGUAAAACAAUUCAAGUGAUUGGUCUUUUAGGUCAUUUAAAGGCACUGGGUGUACGAGGGCCGCACCUUAUUGUAGCCCCGUUGUCGACUUUGAUGAACUGGGCGACGGAAUUUCGUAAAUGGGCGCCUAGUAUGCCCGUGGUAAUCUACCACGGCACGAAACAGGAGCGGAAGGAUAUGCGGAAAAAUGAGCUGAACGCAAAGAAGAAGACUAAUGCUGACUUUCCCGUUGUUAUCUCUUCGUACGAGGUCAUGUUGGCAGAUGCCAGAUCGUUUACAAGCUUGGGAUUUGUAUGGAAGUACAUGGUUAUUGAUGAGGGACACCGUCUGAAAAAUAUGGAUUGCAAACUCAUUCGUGAGCUGAAGCGUGGACGUUCAGAGAACCGGCUAUUGUUGACAGGCACACCUUUGCAGAAUAAUUUGACGGAACUAUGGUCGUUGCUGAACUUUAUUUUGCCAGAUGUAUUUGAUGACCUUGAGCUCUUUGAGAGCUGGUUCUCGUUUACGCCUGAUGCCGUUGCAACUGCUGCUACUACGAAUGAAUCGGUAGCUGCGCAAGAUGUACUACAGGGUGAGAAGAAAGUCGAGGUUAUUGCAAAGCUACACGAGAUCCUACGACCUUUUCUGCUUCGCCGACUGAAGGUUGACGUAGUGGGAGAGAUGGUCUCGAAAACGGAAAUUUUUGUUUAUUGCCCCAUGACACCGAUGCAGCGUGAGUAUUACGAUAUGAUUCGUGACGGUACGCUUGCGAGGGCUAUGGAGGAAAAAUAUGGCAAAUUCCAAGCCCAACAGGCAUUCAAUACGAGGACGCUAAGGAACAAGGUGAUGCAUUUGCGAAAGUGCUGCUUGCACCCUUACCUUUUUGACGAACCAUUGACGGCAACUGGAGGUGUUGUUACGGAUGAAAGCAUUGUAGAGAUGUCCGGAAAGAUGCUGGUUCUGGAUAAGAUGCUGCGCGAGCUCAAGCGUAAGGGUCAUAAAGUGCUUAUUUUUAGUCAGAUGACACGCGUGUUGGAUAUCCUAGAAGAUUAUCUACUCAUGCGAGAUUACAGCUACUGCAGAUUGGACGGCACUACGAAACUGGUCGAUCGUGUUGACCAGAUGCAAAGGUUUAACAAAGUCUCUGCAGGGUCGGUCUCUGCGAAUGACGACGAUAAUGUUUUCGUUUUCCUGCUGUCUACGCGUGCUGGUGGUCUGGGCGUCAAUUUGAUUGCUGCCGAUACAGUUAUUUUCUUCGACUCGGACUGGAACCCGCAGCAGGACAACCAGGCCAUGGAUCGCUGCCACAGAAUUGGUCAAAAGAACGAAAUCAUCGUGUAUCGUCUUGUGACUGAAAACUCUUUCGAGGAUCGUAUGACCCAGCGAGCGUUCGAGAAGCGUAAACUUGAGCGCGUUGUCAUCCAACGUGGCGGGUUCAAGCAGCGUACGACUCCUGCCGAAGCUGCCAAACUCACCAACACGGAGUUGGAAGAAUUAUUGAAAGACGAUGUAGAAAUUCGAAAGGGCAUCGAGAGCGGUGGCAUUACCGACAAGGAACUGAAUCAGAUUCUGGAUCGCGAGUUGGUUGUCAAGAGUUUUGUGAAACGCACCAAGGCUGAAUACGGAACGAAAACAUUAGCAGAGUCAAACGUGAUUUCAUUGAAGGGUAACGGUUUCGAGGUGGUGGAAAACGCGCCGGCAUCGAUGGAGGGCUUUGCUUGA